AUGUGCGUCACUUUCCGCUACGGCAGGACAGACUGUAACCCAGCUACAGUCGCCGCGAGAAGUUUUCCCUCCAGUAUCGCCAACCUGACAAAGACGCUGCAGUUCUUCGCCAGUGAAUUUGGCUUCACGUCUCGAGAAACGGUGGCUCUGUUGGGGGCCCACACCCUUGGAGAAGCUCACCGAGAAAACUCUGGAUUCCGGGGCAGGUGGGUUCCUAGGAAAGACUCCUUUGAUAACGACUACUUCGUCAAGCUGGCUGACGGGGGUGGUGUUAGCUGGAGUCAGACGAGUUUGCAAAGAGGAACCCUUUACCAAUGGGACGGAGACGACGCAAGUGGACGCGGGCACAUGAUGUUGAACAGCGACAUGGUUCUGUACAGGGAUAUCAGCCCAGAUGCCACUACAGGCCAGACCCUGACUUGCCCUACGAACCCAGCCCUGUGCCCCUAUGCCGCUACCAAGGACAUUGUAGAGGAGUUCGCAGCCAAUAACGCCGGGUGGAUGGCGGAGUUUUCCGACGUGUUCGAGAAGAUGAUCGAACACGGGAGUACAAACCUGCAGCUCCCAGCAUAG